AGAGAUUAAACUUUUACAUUUAACUUCAUGGUAUAUAAGAGUCCGAUAGAUUUUUAAAAUUAAUCAUCUGAAAUGGCGUCAAUUUUAAGAUCUUCAAAAUUUGUUAGAUAUAUUGCCGGAUUUGCAAGAAAUGUUGUAGUAAAUUCUCCCAGAGAAUUCGAUGGUAGCUUUAUUAAUACCUCUCAAUGUUUGUGUGGUAUUUUACCAAGCAAUUUUGCGACGCAGACCUCUACUUUAACAGAACAGAAUUUAGAAACCAGCUUACGACGAAUUGAUCAAGAUGUAAGAAAAUCUGGUAGAAUAUCAAGAAGAGAUAUUGAAGAUGUUCUUGAAGAAAUCCGACAAGCACGCUCUGCUACCAGCUCGCAAUCUUUAUUGGUCAUUCGAUGUUGUGGAAAUUUGGUUCCAGAUGAACUGCCAGAAAUUCGUACUAGAUUAGUUCAAGAAAUAUGGAAUACCCUAAAUAAACUGAAUGUUCCAAUGGACAUUUCACAUUACAAUGCUCUUCUGAGGGUUUAUCUAGAAAAUGAACAUAAUUUUUUACCUACCGAGUUUUUAAGUGAACUGGAAAGCAAAGGUCUGGAACCAAACAGAGUUACUUAUCAAAGGUUGAUAGCAAAAUAUUGCCAAGAUGGUGAUAUUGAAGGUGCUACUAAAAUAUUGGAAUAUAUGAAAGAGAAGCAAAUGGCUGUGAAUGAAAAUGUCUUUAAUGCAUUAAUAGUUGGGCAUUCAAAAUCUGGUGAUAUGGACUCUGCUCGGGGUAUAAUAAAUGUAAUGACACAAGCAGGAUUGGAACCCAGUGCUGACAGCUACACAACACUUAUUAGUGGUUAUGCUUCUAAGGGAGAUGUGGAAAUGAUGCUUAAAUUAUUAGAUGAAUGUGACAGUAAAGAAAUAUUUCUACUGGACAAAGAUUAUUUGGAUAUAAUAUAUGCCCUUGCCAUAAAUGAUCAUAACCAGCAUAUUCCAGUAAUUCUUAACAAAGUACGUAAAUCUAUUGGUUACAAUCAAGAUGCUCUUAAUAUUGCUUUAAGAUUGAUUAAUAAAGGAAAAGAAGAUGCCGCUUUCCUUGUAUUGAAAUCUAUGGUUAGAUCUACCAAAGAAGAUGGUACUCCAGCUCCAACAGGGCAUUUUUUUAUUAAACAUUUGGUGAAAGCUGAUAGACCAUUAAAUUCUAUUUUGCAGUAUUGUAAUCGAAUGGAAAAAGAAAAUAUGUAUGAUAGAGCUGUUUUACUAGCAGCAGAAACUAGUCUUCAAUUGGGAAAUGAAAAAUUAGCAUAUCCACUUCUUGAAGAACUUCAAAAACGAGGCGUUCAAGUACGACAACACUUCUUCUGGCCACUUCUCAUAUCUAAAAGUCAAAACAAUAAUGGGAUUAUAGAUGUAUUGAAAAAGAUGCAAGAUUUUAAUGUAGUCCCCAAUAAUGAAACUAUAAGGGAAUAUGUUAUCCCUCAUUUGAAAGGAAAGAGUAGUGACAUUCUAGCUUUAUUGCGAGAUGGAAAUGUAUCAGUUGGUACUGCAGCUGCAAGUUUAGUUAAUGCUUUAUUAUUCAAAGGUGAAAUUAAAGAAGCUGCUUCAAUAGCCACCACAAUACAAGCUUAUUAUCAUCCGGAAAUGAUAAAAAGGCCAUUAACUAAUUCGUUUUACAAAAGUAAUGAUCUACAAUCAUAUAUUGCAAUAUUAAGAGCAGUACAUGAUAAUAUCGAUCGUAAAAAUGUUAUACAAAAACAUGAUGAAGAUGAGGAAGAUUUUUCUGAUAGAAUUAAUAAAGCUGAACUUGUUGGAAAUUUUGUUAUGGAUUUAACGUCAAAUUUCAAAAAAUUCAUUGAAACAGUUGAAGAUGUGUUGGAAGCAUUAUGUGAACAAGGUCUUAGUAUAUCUUCCUCUGCAGCUGAGAAAAUCGAAGACAAAUUGGGUGAAAAAAUGACAGAUAAAAUUUCGAGUUUGCUGGGAAAACUUACUUCAGGAGAAUUGACACCAGUGGCAUUCCAAAGAAAAGGGCCUACAUAUGUCCCGUCACACCAGAUGAACAUACCCCAAUUAGAAAGGUUAAUUCAUAAUCUCACAGCUAAAAAACAAGAAACCAACGGUUUAAAGAGACAAUUGUUAACACUGUAUUAUCGUGAGAAGGAUCUUGCAAAAACUGAAAAACUUAUAGAAGAAUUGAAACAAUCAGAUUUUGUUUUCACUAGUGGUAUAUAUUCUCAAUUAUUAGACAUUUAUGCGUACCAUGGAAACUUGGAAAAAGCUCUAGAAUAUUACAAUUUAUCUAAAGAAAAACAAGGAGAAAACUUUACACUUGAUAACACUAAAGUGAUCAGAUUAGCAGAACUGUAUUUUAAACUAGGACAGUUGGAUGAGGGUAUUAAAAUAUUAGAAAAUACCCCAAGGGACCCGAAACAAGAGGAAAAAGGUUUCACUUAUACAGCUUAUGUUUGGAGAUUUCUAAACAGUGUUGCAGAAGAAGGAAAAGUGGAAGAACUAGAAGUAUUGUUUGAUACUUUGGUGAAAAAGGAGUUUAUUGAAGUAAAUAACGUACUUUUGGGUCCGCUUAUAAAAGUGCACCUUAUCAAAAAAGACAUUGACAGUGCUUUAAAGAAAUUUGAAUGGUGUGUUAAUCAAUUCAAAGCGACUCCUUGGAAAAAUGAACUUGCUUGUCAAUUAAUACAAUCUGAAGAUGCGGAAAAGCUUCAAAAACUUACAGAUUUAAGCACAUCAGUUCAUGGGGAGGUCAAUAGCUUAUAUGAUUUAGUAUUUGCAUUUGUUGAAUGUGGCAGAGUAAGACAGGCACGAAAAAUAUUAGAAACGCCGGGAUUACAAAAUAGAGCACAGAGGAUUAACAAUGCUUGUGAAAGAUAUCAACAAGAAGGUCUUAUAAAACCCUUAGAAGGAUUGAAAGAUGCUACUAAAGAUCUCAAUCACAUUGAUAGGUCAGAUAUCUAUUAUCAAUUGUUACUAAGUUACCAGAAACAAGGUGAUGUUGAUAAAGCUCUUGGAUUGUGGACACAAAUGCAAGAAGAAGAUUUAGCCCCAAGUGAUCAAUUUUUACUAACUCUUGGGGAUUUCCUAAAAGAAAAAGGACAGCAGGUUCCAUUUGUUUUACCACAACAAUCAGUUCAAACUCAAAAUUCUACACAAAUACCUAAACAAACGCCUCAAGCAAUGUUUAGACAGAAACUACGAUCUGGAAAUAUGGAAGAAUCAUUGAAAAUUGUGAAAAAUUUAGGAGAUCAAUUACCUGUUAUAGAUUUAUCAACUUUAAUAGAAAAAUUAUUACAACAGGAUCGCUUAUCAGACGCCUGUAAAAUAACAUUUGAUAUAUUAGAUAGAGGAAAUCUACCAGUAAAUAAAGUUUUCAGAUUUUUACUAAAUAAAUUAGCUUCCGCUGGAGACAUUGAUACAUUAACAAAAAUUGGACAAAAAAUAGAUGCAGAUGUUAAAAGACUUGUAUCCUUUGACAACAGAAUAUGUCAUGCUAAUUUGGUAGCUGGUAAUGCAGAAGUAUAUUUACAAAAGUUGAAUAACGACAUUGAUAAUGCCAAAGAUGAAGAUCUAAAUAUAUUAGGAGAACAGUUUCCUAGAGGAGGGGCAUAUGGUAUUUUAGAGAAGUUCCCCAAUUUAACUGAACAAUAUGAAAAUUUGGCCCUGAAAUAUGCCCGACGAGGAAUACUAGGACCUUUGAACGUACUUUGGACUAGCUAUUUCAUAAACGAAAACCAUGAGAAAGCAGAAAAACUUUGGGAUGAACAUUUGAAAGAUGCUCCAAGAAUAAUGUUUCAAAAAAUUGUUCAAACAGCACGAGAGCAACAAAACGAAACACUUGCUAAAAAAUUAAUAGAACACUUGAAAAUUACCAAAGUAUCUGAAGGAGCUAUUGGCAAUGCAUACAGUUGUUUACUAGACGUUUUAUUCAGUAAACAAAAUUAUGAAGAAUUAGUAGAAACAUUUGAAAGGGCAAUGAAAGCUGUACCAAUAAAUUGUUUAAAUAGGACUGCCUUAAUAAGGUGCAAAGAAGCUUACGAAAAAUUGGGAAAACCUUUCAACUACACAGUACCAUCUAGAAACAAUAAGAGUAAUUUAACUACUGAAGAAUUAUCUUAGUUUUCCAAUUAUCGAGAUAAAUGUGGAUGUAGUAAUAAGCUAUUAAACAGGAAGAUACAGUAACGUUCAAAUUAUUCAAGAGAUCUGCCAGAAGUUUAGUUCAACAUUUAUUUCAAAUAUAUGUUUUAGUUUCAUUGUAACACUAAUUUAUUAACUAAACGUUUUAAUGUAAUCAGUUUUUUUCUCAAUUUUAUGUGGGAUAUUGGAUUAGAGAAAUUUUCCAAUUUACCCAAGAACCAUUUAAAUAAAUACCCCUACAAGCCACAUCAAAUAAGAAAAUUCUGAUCACAUUGUUUUCUACCACUAUACCAACACUCACAAUGCAGGAUACCAUUUUUGAACCAAACUUUCUCAUAUGCUUCAAACUUUUUAUCCCCUAUUUACGUCUUUUUUGGAUUUUCUUGCUUAUAAUGCUUAGACUUUUGGAUGGAGCGUCUAGAGAUAUAUCUCUCUCUUGCAACAACUUGUUUGUUCAGUCCACAGUCUUUCCAAUGCACAACCAAAUUAGAAAUUAAUGAGUUAUUUAAUCAGUAGUUUUUGUUCAUUUGCAUUAUUAAUGUUUAUUGCAUGCAACAAUUUUCUGUUUUUUUUCUUGCAUUUUUGAGUAAGGGCAAUUCUGCGCAUUUGGCGAGGGCCUCUACCCCCCAAUGCCUAGCUACGUCCCUGAUGGUUAUAGAAAUAUACUUAAUUUUGGUGUAAACGUUAUUUGUAUCACUUCUAUUUCAAAAUAUCGAGUUUAUAGAAAUUUCCAUCACAUUUCUUACUUAAUAGAAUAUAAUUCUAUCUGUAUUUUUGUUUUUAAAUAAAUUCUUUAUUAAA